AAGAAAAUCACUGUUUUGCCUCCAGCAAGGAACAUAAAUGUUGCAACACUGACUCCUCCUCUCAUGGAGAAAGAGUGAACAAGUGCACCGGGUUGAGCUGCUUCUCAAAGAGCCGCCGGACAGGGGACCGGAGCGGAGGCUGAAAUCCCCGGGCGCCGGUCCUCUGUACGCUGGUCCCUGGGCUGGACCCCCGCCCCCUUCCCUUUUCGGUCUCACUCUCCUUCCUUCGCGUAUCUCUGGAUUUUACUGGCUCUUGAUGAAACAGCUUUACACACGAUGGGUCUCCACGUCCUCGUGCAGGAAGUGCUCACGGACUGAUAUGGCAGACUUUGCUUCCCGGCCAAAAUUCACCUGACCAAGAAACUAUCUGAACUAUAUUUUUGCUGUGUGGGAAUUCCUCAUUCUCCUCUUUGCUGCAGAACACUUCUCCUCGUCAUAGAGGCAAGCACUGAGGAUGCUUUCCACGUGAACCCUGAAGCCAAUUUGAGAAGCAUGGGAAAUUGACAACAGGAUGUCCACCAGGCCACUGAUGAAAAAUCGUCCUGGAUAAACCACUAAGAAGAGGGUUACACAGAUAAGAAGAGAUCGACUAAACUUUUAAUGAGCCUCUGAUCCAUUUCCUGCGGCAAGAAAAGGGAGCCAACAUGAAGGAAAAUGUGGCGUCCACAGUGGCUUUCGUUCUGCUCCUUUUUCUCAACAUCAGUCUUCUGAAUGGACAAUCGGCUCCCGGAAAACCUAAGAUCUCUAAAUGUCGUUCUCCGGAAAAGGAAACAUUUACCUGCUGGUGGGAGCCUGGGACAGAUGGAGGACUUCCUACCAAUUACACACUGACUUACCACAAGGAAGGAGAGACAUUCAUCCAUGAAUGUCCAGACUACAAAACCAGUGGCCCCAACUCCUGUUACUUUAACAAGAAGCAUACCUCCAUAUGGAAAUUGUACAUCAUCACAGUGAACGCCACUAACCAGAUGGGGAGCAGCUCCUCAGAUCCACUAUAUGUGGAUGUGACUUACAUCGUUGAACCAGACCCACCUGUGAACCUGACUUUAGAACUAAAACAGCCAGAAGACAGAAUACCAUAUUUGUGGAUGAAAUGGUUUCCACCCACCCUGGUUGAUGUAAGAUCUGGUUGGCUCACACUCCAGUAUGAAAUCAGAUUAAAACCCAAGAAAGCACCUGAAUGGGAGGUCCAUUUUGCUGGGCAGCAAACACAGUUUAAGAUUUUCAGCUUACAUCCAGGACAGAAAUAUCUUGUCCAAGUUCGCUGCAAGCCAGAUCAUGGAUUCUGGAGUGAAUGGAGCCCAGAGAGCUCCAUCCAGAUACCCAGCGACUUCACCAUGAAAGAUACAACCGUGUGGAUUGUUGUGGCCGUUCUCUCUACCAUCAUCUGUUUGAUAAUGGUGUGGGCAGUGGCUUUGAAAGGCUAUAGCAUGGUGACCUGCAUCUUCCCGCCAGUUCCUGGGCCAAAAAUAAAAGGAUUCGAUACUCACCUGCUGGAGACGGGGAAGUCUGAAGAACUACUGAGCACCUUGGGAUGCCAAGACUUCCCCCCGACUUCUGACUGUGAAGACUUGCUGGUAGAGUUUUUAGAAGUAAAUGACAGUGAGGACCAGCAGUUAAUGCCACCCCAUUCAAAGGAACACCCAGGGAAAGGUGUGAAACCCCCACACCUGGAUCCUGACAAUGACUCUGGCCGGGGAAGCUGCGACAGCCCUUCCCUUUUGUCUGAAAAGUGUGAAGAACCCCGGGCCAACCCCUCCACAUUCCAAGCUCCUGAGGUCCUCAAGAAGCCAGAGAAUCCUGAAACAAAUAUUACUCCCACCUGGGACCCCCAGAGCAUCAGCGCACAAAGCAGAACGCCCUGCUUUCCUGCUGGCGGAUCCAAAUCUUCAACGUGGCCUUUACCGCACCCCAGCCAGCACGGCGCCAGAUCCUCCUACCACAGCAUUGCGGACGUGUGUAAACUGGCCGUGUGCCCUGCAGGGGCACCAGCCACUUUGCUGGACAAAACAGGAGAGGAUGUUUUAAAACCCUCUAAAACCAUGAAGACCAGACAGGAAGAGGAGGCAGCCACGCAGAGGGAGGGGAAAAGCUUCCGUUCCAAGACAGACCCAGACGCAGCCUGGCUGCUGCCGCAGGAAAAAACGCCCUUCAUCUCCACAAAACCCGUGGAUUAUGUGGAGAUUCACAAGAUCAACAAAGAUGGAGCCCUGUCCUUGCUACCAAAACAGAAAGAGAGCCGCCAGCGUGCAGAGAAGCCCAGGGCUCCUGAAACCAGCAAGGAGUACGCGAAGGUGUCCAAAGUCAUGGAUAACAGCAUCUUGCUGUUGGUGCAAGACCCAGGAGCUGAAAACGAGGCUUUGUUGGAAGAAUCAGCCAAGAAGGCUCUGCCUUCGCUUGAACAGAAUCAAGCCGAGAAAGACAUGGUCUUCUUCACGGGGACACCAAGCAACUGCAGGCUCCAGCUGGGCGGCUUGGAUUAUCUGGACCCCGCAUGUUGUAUGCACUCCUUUCACUGACAGCUUCACUGAUGGAAGGAUUGGUGAAAAUGUGAUUUUUCUUCAGGUAACACUACAGAGUACACAAAAACACAGUUAGCUAGAGACUGGGCCAGGUGUAGUCAGAUGGACGCUACUAAAUUUCACGGCUACUUUCACGCUCCAUUUUCAACCAUUUGCCUCUUUCUCCACAGCUGAUCAUUCUGCUUCCUAAGUGUGAUAUGUAAAUUUAUUUUUUGCAGUUAGUUAUAAAAUUAUGUGUUCAGUGAAAAAAAAAAGCACACUGCUUAGUGUUCUUGAGAGAUGGUGCCGGUAGGUACAACUUCUGGAAAAGGCUUUCAAGGUUGGUAUGUGAUGGUUGGAAAUGAAAUGGUUAAAAUUGUUUUUACCACAGGGAGGUGAGAGGUCUGUGGGAAAUGCCGUGAAAACUGCUUUUGAAAGCCAAAUGCUGAAACUUCACACUCCUCUUCCCUUUGAUGAGAUUAGGAUUAUCCAAACAUAACACAUUCUAAAAACAGAAUGCAUUCUAGAACACCUGAUAAAUCGUUCACACCCCUUCCUAUGUUUCACUGACAUGUUGCCCAUAUGCAAGUAAAAUCGUGCUCCAAUUUUUUCCUUAAAAUUGUUAAGAUAUGGUAAACAUGAUUUUCUUUCUCCCAAUUUUAUUUUAUUCUAAAACCUCCAGAGAAUCAAGUUUUGGAAAUUAACAUUUUCUCACACAAGAGGCAAAUGAAUACCAUGUGGUGAAUCCUUUUAGGAUGUUUUCCUGCUUUAUUUCAGCAAAACAGUAAAAAAAACAAAUCCCAAAAGACUAACUUUAAAGGCUAAUCACAGCAGGAUGCUAAUGGAAAUACUGCCUUACUGUACAUACAAAUUCUUCUUUACUAUAAACCCACUAGUUUAACCUGUAUUUUUGAAGACUAUUUUUCUAUCAUUUGGUAAAAUAAAAUAAUAUUUUCUAUAUUCCCAGUACAGCUGUUUACGUAUUCAGUGGGUACACUAUUUUCUGCUACAAGGUUUAGUGAGUAUUUACACAGUAGUAUAUGCAGUCUCUGUUUAUGGAGGAAAAUGCCAUACCAACCCAACGCCCACUGAGGAAUAUUAAGUAGAUGGCAAAAUUCAAUUUCCAGCUCCAUAUAGUUUAUCUGAUUCUUUUUAUCUCAACAAUACCUACCACCACCUAUAACCUAGAGUUUUAGGACUCUUAAUAGAACAGAAAUUAUUUCUCCUGUGAGCUUCAGGCUACUCUGGGGUUUCUUCCCAUCUCUGGGUAAAUCUUCCUAAAGCUACCGUGAAGGAGGAAAGCAGUAUCUUCUGACACGCUGUUUUAGAGAGAGGUUUGGUUUUAUUUUUCUGAGCAAUCUUGGGCGGGCAAAAACAAAUUAAGCAAAACCAGGAGUUAGUAUCUCUCUGAAGUAGAUCCAUUUGCAAAAUCUUGGCAAAUCUUGGCAGUGAGAGCACUCAGAAGUGUCCAAAUAAAAGUUCUAGGAAAGCAGUUCUUUGUAGAGUGAUGGGAACCACUCCAAAGGUCAGGGUAAGAAGGUAAGAAUUUCCAAGUCAGUUCAAAAGCCAGACUCCCUGAGAGGGGUCCAAUCUUGGAUCUCCAUUUUAAAGGGAUCAUUCAUCUAUGUGAGCAAACUGUCUCCCUCUCUUUUUCAUUUUUACUGCUGGUAAAUCUAUUCUCCAUCACCCAUUCACUAGCUGGACACCGAGAACUUGAGCACGCUUCUGUGAGUUAAAUCUUCCACUCCAAUAAGCCUAUGUUGAUAGGGACUGGUCUGUUUGAAGGUAAAGACAGUGCCCGUGCUUUCUUUGCAAAAGCAAUUGACACAAAGCUCUAUUUCCCAAUAUAUAUGCAACAUCUGUGAGUGAGGGAAGCAUGUGGGAAAGGUGUCCACGCAAAUUGAGUCCUCGGAGCGUCUGAGGACCCCUGCAGCCGCAUCACCUGAGUGCUGCUGGGGAAUUCUGUUUGCAGAAUCUCAGGCCCCACCUCACAUCUACAGAACCAUAAUCUGCAUUUCCCUAAGAUUUCUAGGUGAUUCACAUGCACAGUGAAGUUUGAGAAGCACUGCCUUCAAUGACCAUUUCCACUACGGGCUGUUUUAGUGAGCAGAAAUAAUCCUCUCUUGGAAAGUACACAUCAAAUCUGUUUGGCUUUUAAUGAACAACACUGUAUGUAAGCAGAAGGCAAAAAAAAAAAAAAAAUCAUGGUCUAAGAUUUGCAAAUUGCUCAAUCUUAUAUGACUGCACAUAAGAGAAUGACUUGCAAAAAUACAUCAAACUUCCAAGAGGCAGGCAGGAUAGUCUACCUUGGGAGGCAUUAACCAGAGGCAAAGACCUUCAAAGCCAAUACAGACUAAACCUUGCCAAACAUAGUUCAUCCUUCUCUAAGAUAUAUACCAAUCAUUUCUAUAGCUUGAAAACUUAAUAAAAAUAAUCUGGUUCAUGGCCUAAUCUCUAAAAAAUGUCAAUUAGCCACUCUGAUCAAGACUUUAAUUCUGUGGUCAAUUGGCAUUAUUUGAAUUAAGUUUUUUAAUGGUCUAACAUGUUUUCUAUCAAGGAGUCAACUGUUCAAAUGAAAACAUAAAGACUGAGUUUGAGUCCUAUUUUGCCUUAGACCAAUUUCCUUCUCUGAGCUUUAGUUUCCCCUGAAGAAGAUGUUGGACCAAAUCAUUGCUAAGGUCUUUGUAAACUCUAAGUCCUUGACUUCAUUACUUACUAAAUAUUUUUCUGCAAAGAUAAUUUGUCCCAAUGCCUUGUACCUUAACGAAGCUGACAAAUAAUUGCUCUUCUUCGUGGAAAUAUGAAGUAAUCUUCAGUGAUCUCAGUAAUCUUCAUUACACUUCACUUUUUAAAUCAUCUGUUCCGAUUGAUCUUGUAUUACACAUGUAUUACACGUGCAUUUUAUAAGUCAUGUAAAUAUGAAAUCAUAUUCUAAGAUUAUGUGUAGAAAUAUAUGUGUAGAAAGAAGAGGCAUGAGAUAGAAAAGAGACAUAAUGGAUAAAGCACUAAAACUUUAGAAAUAUGAUUUUGUGCUGAAUCAAGCCAUACUCAUUUCUUGCCAAGUCCAAUAGCCUCAACUCUCUUGUGUCUGGCUAGUAAUUUCUUUUCCUGUCAUCUUAAAUUAUGAACAAUCAUUGCACAGUGGCUUAAUAAGGCUUAUGCUCUGAGUUAUAAAAAGUUGUAUUUUUAUAAACAAAUACCUGAAUAUUCAAAGCACAUGGAAACUGGAUCUAGUCAAUGGCUGAUUUAUGGAAACUUAUGACCCAAGUAGCAAAAUGUUCUCUGAUCAGUUUCAACAAAUGUACAUAUGACCCCCUAAUAUGAGCACAAGUUAACACAACUGUGUGAGAUAUUUAAGAUUCUGCAUUUACUAGAUAAAUCUAGUAAAUGAUCUAUCUAGAUUCUAUCUUAAGAAUCUAAGUUUUCUUAAGUGCCUAUGACCAAUCCUAAUAAUCAGUCCUAUACUGAAGUCUGCCCUUAACUGGUUUGGCACAAGAUCCAAGCAGUGUGACUCUUUGGCCUGGGUGACCCAACUGAGUUGAGAAUCUUUUGAGCUAAUGAGCAACCAGGGGCUCCUGAGUUCCAGGGAUCAGUUUGGCUUUGGAAGAAAUCUGGCUCUCCCUCAGGCUGCUCACUGCUGCCCAUCACUUGAAGACUUGGCUUUGCCUUAUCUCCUUAGAGUACACAAGAAAGAAACAGAUUGGUACAUAUUUUACAAAGUGCCUUCCUUUAGUUUUGUUUUGUUUUAAUUUUUCAUUUUGUAGGAAAAGUGUAUUGAUUGGAAAGUAAGCUUUAUAGGGAUUCUUUAAUGUAAAUGAAUGGAGGAAUAAAAAGAGGAAAAACCAGAAGGGGAACAACAAAAUGGCUAAAACCAACCCGCAAGCAUUCAGUGAAUUUUUGUGCAUUGUUUAAUUGAAGUACUAUAGAGCUGAUGUGAGUAGUGUAAUUUACUUUGCCUGACCAAAAAAACAAAAAAAAAUGAAUCUGGCUAUGAUUUGGGGAUAAGCUUUUCACCUUGUGAUUUGGAGGUUGCUGUGAGCUGUGUGACGCCACGGCACUCUACCGAGGGCGAUAAGGUGAGACUCUGUCUCUACAAAAAAAAAAAAUAAAUAAACAUGAAACCCUUGAUUUUAACAUAUUGAUGCACUUUUGAAUGUCACUAAAUUGCAUGCCUAGGCCAGAAAGGAAACUACAUGUACAUUGGAACUUUGCACAUGGAUAGAAAAUAUUAAUGAUUUUGAAUUACCAUCCCUAGUGUGACUAACAUAGAUUUGCUCCUGAUAAAAGCCUCAAGUGUACUGAAGUGGACAAAUUUCCUUUGCUACCUUUUGGCUCAAGCACAACAGUGUCGUUGCUAGCUAGUGACAGAGCACUCAAUGUCCAGGACCAAAUCACAUCACUGCCACUCAAUAGGCUCUAAGACCUUAGGUAAGUCCUAUAAAAUCUGGUCACCAGUUUUCUCACUUGUUAAAUAAGUGAGUUGGCCUAAAAUGUUUCUUAGACCUCUUCCAGCUCUGUUUGCAAUUCUCACCAUCUAAGUAAAAUCCAAGGUCUCAGAUCAAAGGCAGGUAUAGUGUGAGAAUGGCCGGCAUGCCCUUGACCUGCGGCAGCAAACAUGAGACUAUGUUCUUUAACAAUGUACAAGAGAAAAACAGAGAUCCAGGCCUCCAAGUCAGAUUGAUUUAACAUCCUUGUUUCCUCUCUUCCUUUCCUAGCUUUACAUACUUGUAGGCUUUUUACUCCCUCGCUUCAGGGUCUGUUAUUUUUUCUAAGGGUUAGUAGCAACCAUUGGAUCUGCAAAAAAAUGAAAUUACUCAUAAAGAAUUUGGGCCUGCAAAGGACUAUGUAAAUGGUUAAAUCAGCCACACAGAUAUCCAAGAACAAGUAGAAGGUCACAGCUACACCCCGUUUAGAGAUUUACAUGCAUGGAAAUCUGAGCCCAUGUCCAGGAAUUAUUUCAUUAAUUCAGAGGCCAUUAAUAAAUCCAAACUAUGUUGAUGUCUAAGUACUAGAGGUCUUGAGGAGAAAUUUUAAAAUACAGAAUUACUGCUUCAGAUCUAAUCAGAAAGUAUAUUUAUAAUUAUGACCUGGACUUAAUCAGUGAUUAGCAAAUUAUCAUUUGAAAAUCAAACAGGAGUUCUCACUCCCCAGACCUCUGUUUUUCAGAAAGAUGAGUUUUGGUCUGGGACACUCAUCGUAUCGAUUUCAAUGAAAGGAGUAAGAUAGAAAAAUUGAAAAUCAAAUGUUUCCAGAGGUUUAGGCAACUCAGGAUUUCAUAAAAUACCUAGAGUGACCUACUACACAGAAAUGUUAUUGAACCUGAUAAAUCUAUAAUCUAUUCAGUGUUCUGAGUUUCUGGCUAAGGAAUGUACAUAAUUCACAUCCUCAUAGACCAGCAUCUGUUUUGUCUACAUGAGUUCCUUGACUUUUUGCUCUCAUUUCUAUUUAGAAAGGACUAAGCCACAAUAAAAUAGAAAAACCUAUCCUGUUUUAUAAGGUUGUGUCAAUGAACAGAAGGACUCCUGGAUAAUCUUACUCUAUUAAUUAACAUAUUACCUGCUACUGAUCAAAAGAAAAAAUUAACUCAAAAACAUUAGCAACUGAAGUACUAACAUUCAAAAUAACCUUUAACAGUUAUGUGAAAUUAUGCUUCACCUAAAUAAAUGUCAAAAUACAGUCUGAUUUUUUUUCCGUGCAUUUUGCAAAUCCCAUGAGAAAAUGAUUUUUACCGUGUUAUCUAAAAUUGGAACACAAUAUGGCAAAGAUACCUCAGAAAAAUAAUUUGUUUUAUAAAAUUCUAGAAUAAACAGAUUUUGAAUUUUUAAAAGUAACUACCUCCCCUUCAUGUCCUCACAUCCAUCCUUCAAAGCUGCUUGUAGUUUAGAAACAAAAGUCACAUCUCAUACUCGGUUUUUCAGUGGCAUAGUUGAUGUAUUUGUCAUGUAACAUUCCUGACUUUCAAGUAACUGUAACUGUUGUAUUAUUUUGUAUUAUAUUGUUUUAUGUGGUUUAAAAUAGUAUAUGCCACGUUGAAAUAUAUAAUCCUUACAUUGUAAAACUCAUCAUGUAAUACAAAUGAAAAUCGAUAUUUAGGACUUACAGUCUAUCCAUAUGUAGCUUCAAUAUGAUUGUGUCUGCAUCUGUAAAACAAAACUGAAAAAAAAAACAUGUAAUCAUCUAUUUCUGUUGAAAUUUUGAAAAUGCUGAUUUUUUUCUUAUUCUUAGUCUAGAAGUAGGAUCAUGCACCAUUCAUUGUACAACUGCUCUGGAGUGUUAUGUAUUUAAUGUACAGUCGAACAAUUUUUUAAAAGUCAACUCCUUGGCUUUGCUUCUUGUCACUGAUGAUGGCUUCUCGAGUGUCACUUGCAUCAUGAGGCUUGCCUUUGUGCUUUUUGUUUUCAACAGUGGAAGUGUCUCGUGUGGAAACCAAAGCAAUCUAGAACCAGCUGUUGGGCAAUCGUGUCUUCUGUAAAGCCAUAUGAAGUAUAGCUAUAUAAUAGCAUAAGGUUCCAUAUUUUCAAAGCUAUCACUACCUCGGCCGUUGUUCUUUCUCUAGCAAAUGCCAAGCCAAAUUCUUCAACAUUAAAUGGGAAAUUAGAAGUGAUUGUUAGGAUUGAUAAAUUGCUGGGAUUGUUUUGUUUUUGUUUUUGUUUUUUACAUGAGAAUAUACUUUCUAAUUUACCACUUUGCAGGUUUGUGCUACGGUUUCUGAAUAACCAUUCUUACAUCGUUACAUUUUGUAAAAACCAGCUGACAAAGUUUAGAAAGAAUAUAAGUAAGCCAUCAGAUGAAAAACUAAUAAAACCAUGGAGUGUGUAUUUUUCCUAAUUAUAAGUCACAUCAAGGUAGUUGUUACAAGCCACAAUAAUGAUUAUCUCCCGCAAAUUGAUUUCUCCAACCUCCCUAGAAAUAAAUCUUUUCCACAUUUGAUUUUAACCAACAAACGUAAUCUGGUAUGGGAAAACUCAGCCAUUUAUCAAAUCUUGUUUUUAUUUUAAAAAUUCAUUUCUAUAUGUAGUUUUUCUGAUGUUUAUUUUUUCUCUUUUGAGCCUUAAAGACAUAGAAUUAUAGACUACCAUAGUCAUCUGAUUUGUUAUCCUGCACUUUUUCAUUCUGUAAAUCUUUGUUUAUUAUACUUUGGGCUUUCUGUUUUCCGUGGAUUUAUUCAUUUGUCUCCUUGAAUUUUGUGGAGACAACACAGAUAGUUUAAUCUUUGUCAAUAGCAUGGGCUAUUAUGCUAUUAUCAUAACAUCUCCAUUUUUACUGCAUGCCAAAAACAAUGCUUGCCAAACAAAAAUCCCAAAAUAAUAUGGUCAUUAUUUUUCUAUCACAUCAUUAUUAAAAAUACCCAGCUCAGUGCCUGGCACAAUAAAGAUUUCCCUUACUUAUUCAUCCUCUUUUUUGUUUUUCUUUCAUUUAAAAUGGAGAUGAACAGAAUAACACGUGCGUGGCUAAAGAAAUUUUUUUGAGGAUUUUUUUUUUUUUUUGGCUGCUGAAAUAUCUAUAAUCCAGGAUAUAAUUUGUACGAGUUGAACCGAAACAAUUUUUCCCCUUUAUCCUCACCCUUCCAUAUGAUCAUAAAACAAAUAUUCCCUCUCUUAACUCAGCCCUUUCACAGGAGAGGCUGCAAGAAAAAUAAGAUGAGAUGGAACCAGGUGCAUAGAGGUUACUGAGAAGCUUAUAAAGGAAGAGCCAAACUAUAAAAAAAAAAAAAAAAGUGAGGGCGCCUGUGGCUCAAAGGAGUAGGGCGCUGGCCCAUAUGCCAGAGGUGGUGGGUUCAAACCUGACCCUGGCCAAAAACUGCAAAAAAAAAAAGUGGAAUACCUUUGAAUGGUAUUAUUCAUCCACAUUAUUAACAAGGUCUUUUCUGACAAAAUUCAUCAGAUGAAGUGUAAAUGAUGAUCUUAUACUUUUAACAGAUGUAGACCUAGAAAUCUUUACCUGUUCAUGCUUGCAUUACAGAAUUGUGAAAUGGUUUGUGUGUGGGCCUGUUUUACAAAUUCUCCUCUGGCUCCUCUUAAUUCCUUAAUGCCAUGUCUUACAGAAGAAUGAGAAAUUUCUUUCUUAUGUGAGUAUCAUGCCCUAAAACUUGGCUUCAGUCAAAAGCAAACAAACAAACAAAACAAACUGGCUUUUCCCCUGCCUAUACUAGAGCCAUCUGCCUUUAAUUCUCCCAUCCACUUGUGUUUUUAAGUUGCAAAAUUGGAAGUAUCUGUCACCAGACACAGGAUUCACACAAUGAACGAUGACCUGAACAAGUAAUACGGAGCUAAUUUUCCAAAAGUAUUGCAUGUGUUUUCCUGAAAGAAAGCAGAAAUUAUAUAUUGCCACAACUUGCCAGAAUCCCAUCUGAAACCUUAACCCUGUCAGACUUCCUACAACUUACUCAUCAAUCAAGUCUUAUACAUUUUAAAUCUCACCAAGUUUUUAGGGACUGGGAGAUAACACUUCCAUUUAAGAGAAAUCUUGAAAUCUUGAGGUGAGGGAGCAAAAUGGGACAGGGAAGGAAAUGACGACACAGGGUUUAUUAAGGAGCCCCCAGCAGGGAAUCUCCUGGCCAGAACAAGAAAGACCGAUUUCUGCUGGCUAUACCUUUGAGAGUCCCUCCAGCCCCUGCAGAUGAAACUGCACCUGUUUUUGAUAUUGUCAAAUGUAUUCUAAUUUGGAGUCGCAGUGUCUAAACUGGAAUUCUUUUAUUUACAACAUCUUCCACCCUCCCCAUGACACCCUUUAACUCAGCUGCUCAUGCUAGUAAGCACUUUUUUCUUGUUGUCAUCAGGCUCAUGUUAAAAUGUAUGCUUACAAACUGACUUGAAACACAGAUAUUUUUAUGAAUGCAAUAAAAUGUUUUUGUAAGGAAAUGCAAGAGGAUAUUAUUGAAAUGAAGCACCUCAUGGUUGUUGGUUGCUGAACACUUGUAUGAGAAAAAGGAGCUCAGGAAUUUUUAUUACUGUAUUUAUAAAUGUGUUUGAAAGAAUUUGUAAAUGUCACAGGUACAUUUUUAAGGUGACACGUUUGGUCAUUACAAAAUUAUCAAAAAUUACCAAGUGUGCUUAAAUGAGAUUUGCCAAUUUUACUUUACAUGAUCAAUAUUGAUAUUGUUGCUGAACUAUGUAACUUUAUUAUGCAUUUUUCAAUCCUUUUUCAGAGCAAAUGCUUUUGCAAUGGUAGCAAUGUUUACUUUAAAUUGAUUUAAUAAAUUAUUUCCUGAGCAA